GAGAAGGUAGAGAGAAAAAACCAAGCCAUUCUCUUCUUCAAAAACGCACCCUAUUCCUCCUUAUAUGCUUUGCUUUUGUUCUUGAAUCUCUUCCUAUUCCAUAGCAGCUCCGCUGAGAGAAUGUUCCAAUCCAAGAAGCCAACUAUGAAUGCACAUGAGAGGCCUAUGUGUGUUCAAGGUGAUUCAGGGCUUGUCCUCACAACAGACCCAAAGCCGCGCCUUCGGUGGACUGCCGAGCUUCAUGAUCGAUUCGUCGAUGCUGUUUCUCAGCUAGGAGGACCAGACAAGGCCACACCAAAGACCAUCAUGAGAGUUAUGGGUGUUAAGGGUCUUACUCUAUACCAUCUUAAGAGCCAUCUUCAGAAAUUUAGGCUUGGGAAGCAACCACAUAAGGAUUUCAAUGAUCACUCAGUUAAGGAGGGUGAGAGAGCACUAGAUCUUCAGAGAAAUGUUGCUUCAUCUUCUGGGAUAAUGGGCCGAAGCAUGAAUGACAGGAAUGUACAGAUUACUGAUGCACUUAGAAUGCAAAUGGAAGUACAAAGAAGAUUGCAUGAACAACUAGAGGUACAGAGGCACCUCCAAUUGAGAAUUGAAGCACAAGGAAAGUAUAUGCAAUCUAUACUGGAGAAAGCUUGUCAAACACUAGCUGGUGAAACCAUGACCUCAGGAAGCUAUAAGGGUAGUGUCAAUAAUCAAGGAAUUGUGGAAAUGGGUUCUGUGAAGGAUUUUGGUUCUUCAAUGAAUUUCCCUUCACUUCAAGACCUGCACAUAUAUGGAGAGCAAGUUGAUCAUAUGCAGCCACAUAUGGCCAGAUCAUUAUCAUCUCUUGAAGGAUUCAUGACUUCCAAUGAUAGCAUCAGUCUUGGGAAAAAGAGGCCUAGUCCAUAUAAUGGUAAUAGCAAAAAUCCUUUAAUGUGGUCAUCUGAUGACCUUAGAUUACAAGAAUUAGGAACAGCAGCAACAUGUCUAGGCAAUCAAGAAGAGGGAUUCAAGGGUGACCAUCUUCAUAUUGGUGUAUCCACUAUGGAGAGGGGUUCAGCAGAUUUGGAUUCUAUAUCAGAUGUUUAUGGAGCCAAGCCAAUCCUCUCUGAUGAUGGUGUGGGAGAUCAAAAACAUUUUGAUGCUUCAACAAAGCUUGAAAGACCUUCGCCGCGAAGAACACCACUUCCAGUGGAGAGAAUCAAUCCUAUGAUGAAGGGUGGUACCUUACCUCAAGGAAGAAAUUUGCCUAAUUAUGGUUGAAAUUUAAUCCAUUUCUUAGAUGUAAUGAUCUUAAAGAACUUCCAACCAAGACCACCCUGAAGGCUUGAACCAUUGGAAGCUUUUUACAAACAGGAUAAAGUACAUUGGCAUGCAUC